UUAGGUACCUAUUUGGAACUUGGACAUUUUGCGACACGUUGGCACUUUUCAUCCGGUACCAACGACGUAGCGAAUUCCAAAGCCAUGCUUCCAAGAGGGCCCUGCUGAUAUAUAUUGAGCCAUGUCGUCGUCUAUUUCCGCAGCCCAUCACGGUAAUAUCCUGGCCGAAAGCAACCCGGCUGCAGCGAUUGAUAGCGACAGCUCGAAGACCAAUGACGAGAAGAGCCCGGUGUCAACACCAAAGCAGCCCCCGCCGGAAAAACCAGAAGAUAUUCGUAGGCGGUCCUACAUCGUCGCAUCCUUUUGGUUUAUUGUAUUAUUCCUAGGCUUGCCGAUAUGGUGGAAGACGACCACGAUAUACCGGGCAGAUCUGCCCCUGAGCCAGAUGAUGGACUGGGCCGACGGCAGGGCCUGUAGUCCGGUUUUUCCAAUUAAGAUCGCCAUCGACGCGCCGAACUUGCCAAAAGACGAGACCGAUAAUCUCGUGCGAAUCACGCAACAAGCGUUAGACACCGUCAAUGACUUCAAAGGACAUCAUCUACAGCUCGAAACAUCUCCAUCCGCCGGUAAACAUCUUAUCCACAACUCGGACAUUGCCCUCACGAUACGCCUUACUCCUGGCGACGCCGCUACUUCCUCCCUCCACUCGCAAGAACCCAUCCUCGAAGUCACCUACCCUCCAAACUCGAUACCAGCAUCGGAUGCUGCUUCUUCCGGAUUUGCGACGUAUUUGGCAACACAGCUUCGAUUAGCCUUCUCCGAAGAGCGAGGUGUUAUGUCAUAUCUCCUAGCGAAGUCUUCUAUGCCGUUUGAGCAACGACCGCUAGAAACCACUCAAGACUCGACGGAUUCUUUGGAGAAGCGAAUGACGAGGUCCCUGAAGUACUCCCGGACCUAUCAUCUCACGUUCUCGUUAUUUACGAGCGGACCGUCCCCGAGCAGCUGGGAUAUCGAAUCAGCUAUAGACGAAUACAUGAAACCAAUAUUGGACUUGCUCGGGCCUAUCCAUAACUUUACUAUCGACACCCAAGUUCAGCUGUACGCUACUCCCGGCGUACAAUCGCAAGUUCUGAGCAAGGAGGACCUAUCUUCUUUCAUCAACGCUGCCGAAUGGCCGCUGUCGCCGUCUAUAGGAGGCGCCCCGACAGUCAAUUUCGUGGUAUUUAUCGGCAAUCAAACUAUCGGUACGACCUCAGAGGUCGGCACAUCCCAGUCCUGGCUUAUACCGCAAUGGGGUUCCGUGUAUCUCUUGCCACCCCCGUCUACGAAUCAUGUGGCUUCGGAAAUGCUAAAGCAGCCUGUCUUGACAUUCGCCUCGCAUCUGCUCUCGCUACUCGGCACGCCGCAAUCAGGUUCCUUGCCCAUGCGACUGUCGACGCUUACCCGCAUCCGAUCCGCAGACGUGCUCCUGCGCGCCUCCUCUUCUCUAGGAUCGCUAGCUCGUCUCUCGCUGGCCCUUCCGAGCAUAUCUAUCCCGUCUAGCGUCGCUGACGGCGUGGCUAAGUCCAUGUAUCACUUACGAUUGGCAUGUUCCAACCUCGGCGGAACGGAGGGUCUUGAACACGCUCGCAUUGCCGACGUAGAGGCCGAGCGCGCGUUCUUCGAGAAGAGCAUGGUCGGACAGCUUUACUUCCCCGACGAGCAUAAGAUAGCUGUUUACCUGCCCCUGUUAGGCCCUGUAGGGGUGCCUCUGGUUAUUGGCCUGCUGAGCCAGAUCAAGGCCUGGAAGGCGGCGAGGGCGGGAAAGUGAAAGCGGCUUAACGAAGUAUCUUGGCUUAAAAUAAUUAUUGCGUAUUAAAAAACGUGGGCACUAACGUUCCGAGAUCGAAGUGUUAAAAGUAUCACGAACGUGUUGCUAUUUUGCUAGUGGAUAUAAGCGUUAUUGUCUUAGACAGGACUGAGCGCUAAGUAGAAGUAGGGCUCAUAACCGGUGGCUUCGCCUUUGGUUCUUCAGCAGUCGUACGAGCAUUGCCAGCGUUGACUCCUGAGGCGAAGAGGGAGAUGACAGCCUCUCGGCUAAACUGUGUUAAAGGGUAAACUCGAGACACUUGUAUGUGAGCCACGCAGAUCAUAGCUCAUAAAUAAUCAAUAGUUCCAAGAAGAAAUCGUGUACAUGUGGUUCCACGGCAUUUGUAUCUAUUCAGAGUAGUAUAUGAUAGUGAAAUUCGCCGAGAUGAAGCUCUAGGUAGGUUAGUAGUUCAAUUUAUGGUCUCGCAGGAGACGUAGACAA